AUGAUGGUUGGGCUGUCUUUCGCACUCCUGAGCCUUCUGGGAGUUGUCGCAGCUGCAGCAAGCGGCCAGACGGCGCGGGUCUGGGCAGUAUAUGCAUAUACUAUCAACGGAGAAACCAUACCACGAGUCUUCCCGCGUUCAAGGGCAUUGACACCGUACGGAGCAUACCAACUUCAUGAAGCCGGCUCGGCAUUCCGAGGUCGAUAUGUCUCUGUAAAAGCCGGCGCCGAUAGACCCGAUGCAAGGAUCGAGAAUCUCUCUCCUUAUCUGGUGGACAACGACGACAUCAAAAUCACCUCUACGCCUGAUGUGGCCGUGCUCGCAUCCGCCCAGGCAUUCAUGCAGGGUGUUUACCCGCCCCUGAAUGAGUCGUUCAACACCACUUUCUUCGACAACCAACUGGAAUUGGCCGAUGGGUCUCUUAUCUCUCCUCCGCUGGGUGGAUAUCAGUACCCUUCGAUUGUUACCGUCGGCGCGGAAGACCCUCAGUCCCUCAUGGUGUCCGGCCAGGCGCUUUGUUCAAGGCACGCUGCCGCAAAUCUGGAGUACAUUGCCAGCAAAGAGUUCUGGCGGACCUAUGAAGAGUCAGCAGUAUUUUACAACCGUCUUCAUACUCUAUCUUUGUCCGGUCACUUUGAUACAAAGGCAUCCAGCUAUGCGAACGCAACCGCGAUUGCCGAAUUUCUGGACUACCAGGUGGUGCAUAAUGAAUCCCUUUUACAUAGUCUAAGUGCAGAGGACAUCAAGCGCGCACGUUGGUAUGCUGGCCGAUAUGUCUUUGCGACGAAUGGAAACACGUCGGCAUCCGGCACAACCGUUGACGGCGGUAUCCGGACAAUCGCAGGCCAAGGCCUCGCAUCAAGUGUUCUAAACGCUUUCGAGACAACCAUCCAGAACCGAGGCGCUAAUGGGAAGAUGACACUUCAGUUCGGCAACUACCAAACCGCUGUGUCCUUCACCUCACUUUUGCAGCUGGCCACCACAAGUCCAAACUUUACUUCGUCCCUGCCGCGUCCAGGAUCGUCCCUUGUCCUGGAACUGUUCAGCCUGGAGAGCGAGAGAUACCCUACGUACCCCGACCCGGCGCAGCUCUACGUUCGAUUCCUCCUGCACAAUGGAACACGGGCUGAAUUCGUGCCUUAUCCGCUGUUUGGACAUGGCCCGAGCAAUACGGCCAUCCCAUUCAGUGAGUUCCAAGCUGAGAUGCAAAGAAUGGCAUUAGGGUCAACCGAAGAUUGGUGCCGUCGUUGUAACUCGUCCGCUGUGUUCUGCUCGGGGGUUGUAAAACCACUGCCACGACAGUCGGCCGCCAGCAAGGCGCGAAAGGACCGCGGUGGAAUCAGUGCUGCUGUUGCUGGAGUUAUCGGAUCUGUCGUUACUAUCGCGGUUUUAGCACUGAUCGGUGUUGUCGGAUUCUUUUUAUGUCUGCGCACCAAGCGGUUGCGGAAUCCCGGUCUUGGAGGCUUCAAGAGGGAUAGCAAGAUGGCAAGUGAUUCGGACCUGACCUUUAAGAAUCCGCAAUGGGGGGAUGCAAUAAAGGCUCCCACCGCUUCAGCCAAAGGACAUGAGCGGCAUGGCAGCUGGGAGAUGAAGAACAAAUGCCCUCCACGGCUUGUCGAGCAGACUGUUGGGCCAUCGUCUCUUGCGGAUGAGCUGGAAGAGGAAUGGGACCUUCACGAUACUGCGCCCGUCAGGCCUCGCGAGCAUGUUUGAUACACACAGAAGUAGGGUUGUUAGUUUUGGUAAUGGUGAAGUUAAGGUUCCCGGGCU